UAGUGUCUCCUCCCCUUUUCUUGGAAUUUCAUCCUUUCUCUCUAUUCUUUACAAGAUCCUAGGAUGGAAUUCUUUGAGAAAGCCAAUCUGUUAGGCUAAAAAUCCACCAUGCAAAAAUUGUAGAUUAAAAGAUGGACCUUCUUUUUAGGAGGUUGAUUGGUGAAUAGAUUUGAAAUUUACUGAAAUUUUCUUUUGAUUAAAAUUAUAGCAUAAUGUGUAUCUGUCCUUAAUUUUGGAAUUUCAUGCUCGUUAUAGAAUAUUAGGAUGGAAUUCUUCGAGAAAGCAAAAUCCGUCAGACUAAAAAGCCACCACGGGAAAUUCUUACAUGCCAAUUCCAAUCAAGAAACAGUGCACCAACAUCGUCAUGGAACUUCUAAGACUGCAAAAUGGACAGUUGAAUUUCCUGAAGGAAUCAAUAAUAAUGUUGUACGUUUGAAUAGUUGUUAUGGCAAAUACCUAAUGGCCACAGAUGAACAAUUUCUUCUUGGUGUAACGGGUCUUAAAGUUGUUCAAAGUUUGCCCAAAAUUUUGGAUUCCUCAAUUGAAUGGGAACCUGUUAAAGUUGGAUCCUUGGUGAAACUCAAAACAAAAUAUGGGAAAUUUUUAAGGGCAAAUAGUGGAUUACCCCCUUUUAGAAAUUCUAUUACACAUGACAUACCUUAUAGACAUCAAGAUUGGAUCUUAUGGGAAGUAGAUAUUAUUGAGUUACUGCCUGACGCGACAAUAAUAACAACUAUACCUCAAUCCCAAUCAAAUAAAGAGUUACUACUCGAACCGCAACCAGAAUUAUUAUAUGGUGAUUUGAGCUCAUCUUUUCGUCUUACAUUCUCCAGGUCUUCCAAGAUUCAUAAUCAGUCAACAUUUGAUGCUGCCAUGACGAAGCCCGAAGGUCGGCUGAUCUAUUAUUAUGUGGCAGAUGAGAAGGGAACUGUGAAUGAUGAAGUGAAAGGACCUUCAUUUCAGUUCAAAGGGAAAGGGCUAGAGGAACUGACUCAAAAGUUAGAGGAAGAAACAGGGCUCAAGAAUAUUACAUUGUGUUUGCGCAACAAAAUAAAUGGGAAUUUAUGUCCUCUUAAGUUAGAAUUACCACCCAACAAUGCAACUAUGCAUGUUGUGGUAGUGCCUUAGCUUCAUCUGCAUCUAAAGCAAGAGAAUAGCCAGAUAGCAGGUAUUCCCGGCGUCCAAAUGGUCGGUGGUCAACAGUCUAUUCAUGAAAUUUUGCCAUUACACCCUAUCAUGCAUGUGAAUUCACGAUAUACUGAAACUGUAAAUAAUUUUUAUUUUAUCAGUAUAAUUUAACCUUUAACAAGUUACUAACUGUUUUUAUCUAGUUACUUAUUAUGUGUAUCAUAAAGAUUUACUUA